GUUGUCGUCCGCCAGUGCGGCGGUUUCCCGCCUUCGUGCGCGGGGCCGACGGGGGAGCAAUGGCGGCGCCUUCUCUUCACGCGGCCACGGCGACGGCGACGCCUCACGGGGCAUCUCAGGGGACGGCCGGACACACCGGCUCCGCGGCCGGUCAAGGCGGGACUGUGGCAGAGCUGCUGUCCACCUCAGAGUGGGCCCUGAAGCGCUACGCCCGGUUCACGGCGUCGGGCGGAGCACCCAGCUCGUGGGAGGUUUUUGAAUCUAGUCUGGAAAAGGGUUUUCUCUCCUUAACGAUUGUGGAGUCAGGGCAUUUCCUAAUCUCUCGAGGUGGAACAACCUUAUUGGAAGGAUUUUCUCUCAUUGAAGCUCACAAAUGGUGGAAAGCAGUACGGAAAGCAGAUUGCGUGCUCUUUGGAUCUAAAGUUAAGAAUGAAAGCCGAAUGUUUCGAGUGCAGUUCAACGGAGAUUCACACAAGCAAGCUCUAGAGCACUGCUCCAACUGUGUGCAAAAACUACUCCUGUAUAUACAUGUACAAUAUGCUGCGGGAAAGACUGUGAAUCAAGCUCCGUUGUUGAGCCAGCCAGCUGACAGCAACCAGUCUGGAAGUCUGGAGUUGGAGACACGUGAUACAGAGGAAGGGCAAACACUAACACAGAACACCCUUUCCGAGGGUAGGAUGUCAAUUAAGCAACUAGCAAAGUCUAUGCUUGGAGAUAAAUCUAAUCUGCCUUUGGCCUAUCAACAAUCAACACUGAACACAGAAGAGCUUGGUCCUUUCUUGAGACUCUGUCUUAUGGAUCAGAGUUUCCCAGCAUUUGUGGAACAAGUGGAGCAGGAACUUAAAAAGCUGAUAGAAGAAUGACUUGGUUGACCUCCCUUCAUUGGUGCUGCAGAAGAUAAUUGCUAUAAAUUCUGUCUAUGUUUGGCUGUCUUCUUACCCAGUACAUUGAUGUAUUCUCUUUAUUUUAAUAUCUCCUAGAUUAUUGGCUUGCUAGUGCCUUUCAUGAGCAAACGGUUUAAAUGAUCAUUUAUUUUAUUAAUGCAAAUCCAAUGAAUUUGUCAGAUAAUUAAAACAAGAAUUUCUUUAGAAAUGUGUCUUAUGUUGAUAAUGGACUACAUGACAUAUUUCUUUUGAGAAUUAGUUCUGAACUAAGAGGUAGAGAUCCAAGUUAUAGAGUGCAACAGGUCACAAAUUCAGUUUAAAGUUUAGUUUAGAGAUACAGCAUGUAAACAGGCCCUCCGGCCCACCGAUUUCGUGCUGAUCAGCAAACCCAGUACACUGGCUCUAUACUGCACACUAGGGACAAUUUACACUUGUUGCCAAAGCCAAUUAGCCUACAAACCUAUAUGUUUUUGGAAUGUGGGAGGAAACCAAAGAUAAACCACGU